GAUUCUUCUCGAAGCUUCUAGAAGAAAGAAGUGUGGGAGAAGAUAACGCACUGUGGAAAGUGGGUUAGAGAGAUGGUCUUAAAUUUGUCAGAGUUAGGACCAAAUUGCUGUGAGAAUCGAGACUUACCAGCUCCAAGCAGCAACAAUGAUCAGGACAAGACCGGUAAUAUUUCGAGGAAGAAGCAUCAGCGUCUAAGUACUGAAGAAGGUGAUGAUGAGGACAACACCGGUGAGUUAAUGUCCAUGAUUACUUGUUUGGUCAGUACACAGUCCACAAGUGAUAGAAGCAAGCAAGGAGAGUGCUCAAAACAUAGCGAGAAAGCGACAAUCUCUGCAGAACAUAGCAGUGGAAAAGAGACCAGGAAAUCAAUGAACAACAGAGAUGUGAGGAGAGACUCAUUUCCAGCAAGCCAGAACCGGUUUGUGACACUAUCACUUACACAUGACAACCUCAGAAGAGGUAGACGGUCCAGAAGUGAUAGAAGCCAGCAAGGAGAGUGCUCAAAACAUAGCGAGAAAGAGUCGAUUUCUGCCGAACAUAGCAGUGGAAAAGAGACCAGGAAAGCCAUAAUCAACAGAGACGUAAGGAGAGACUGUUUUCCAGCAAGCCGGAACCCAUUCGUGACAUUAAGACUUACAUAUGACAACCUCAGAAAAAGUAGACGGUAUCUUCCAUUGUCGUUCACAAAAGAAAAUGGCUUGGACGAACCUGGGAUAAUAACUCUGGUUGGCAAUGAUGGUACAAAGUUGGAGGCAUGUCUUCUACGGGAAAACACAGGAAUAAUGUGUCUCGGAAAGGGCUGGAAAGAGUUUGCUAUGUCUAACGGCUUGAGGAGCGGCGAAUUGUUCACGCUGGAGGCAAUUUUGGAGUAUGGAAUUCCUAUGCUCAGUUUGGUGAGUACACAGUCCACAAGAUAUAGAAGCCAGCAAGGAGAGUGCGCAAAAGAUAGCAAGAAAGAGUCGAAUUCUGCAGUACCUAGCAAAGGAAUCAAGAGCAGCAAAGCCACGAGCAACAGAGAGGAGAGAAGAGACUCGUCUUCAGCAAUCCAAAAUCGAUUUGUGACAUUCACACUCACACCCGAAGAUGUCAGAGCCUGUAAACUUAUUCUUCCAAGUCAAUUCAUGAAAGCUAAUGGCAUCAACAAGCUCGGGAAGAUAACUUUGUUGGGUCAAAACAAAAUGAAGUGGUUUGCAUAUCUACUGUCAGAAGAUGGAACUUUGGCUCUAGGAUCUGGUUGGAAGGGCUUCUGUGAGGCUAAUGGCGUUAAGACAGGGGAGUCAUUCACUUUGGAAUACAUUGAUGAGCAAGACACAACUCCCGUGCUUAAAUUCUGUUCCAACUCCGUAGAGUUUGUUUCAAUGGAGGCAAAUCAGUCAGAAGUUUUGCUUCUCCCCGGUCUAAAUUUAGGACCUAGCCGCUGUGAGAUUCGAGACUUACCAGCUCGAGGCAGCAACAAUGAUCAGGACAAGACCGGUGAGUUUGGUUCUGUUUUUGUCGAUGACCAAACUGCAAAAAUGAAGUUUUUAUGUUAGUUGAAACUGUGAUUGGAAGGCAAUUUAAGGGGUUUCUCUGAUUAGGGUUUCGGGAAUGAGUGAAUUUGUCUUUUGUUGUAUUUUCCAAGAUUUCUUGGUUUUCUGAGGUUGUUUAAGAACACUUUCAAUUAAAAGUAUCAGAAAAAG